CCGGGGCUCUGCCACGCAGACUUCCGCCGGGUGCCGAGACCCAGGGAGGGCUGCGGGCGGCGUCGCAAGUGAAGUCGCGGCGCGCGUGGUGUGGAGCCGCAGCCCGGGUGCGCUGGGGCAACAUGUCGGAAGGAAACGCCGCGGGCGAGCCCAGCACUCCGGGAGGACCCCGACCCCUCCUCUCUGGGACUCGGGGGCUUAUCGGGCGGCGGCCGGCGCCUCCACUCACCCCGGGCCGCCUUCCCUCCAUCCGCUCCAGGGAUCUCACCCUCGGGGGAGUCAAAAAGAAAACCUUCACCCCAAAUAUCAUCAGUCGGAAGAUCAAGGAAGAGCCCAAGGAAGAAGUAACCAUCAAGAAGGAGAAGCGUGACAGGGAUAGAGACCGCCAGAGAGAGGGCCAUGGACGGGGCCGGGGUCGCCCAGAAGUGAUUCAGUCUCACUCCAUCUUUGAGCAGGGCCCUGCUGAAAUGAUGAAGAAAAAGGGGAACUGGGAUAAGACCGUGGAUAUGUCGGACAUGGGGCCCUCUCAUAUCAUCAACAUCAAAAAAGAGAAGAGGGAGACAGAUGAAGAAACAAAACAGAUCCUCCGAAUGCUGGAGAAGGAUGACUUCAUCGAUGACCCUGGACUGAAGAAUGAUACUCGAAACAUGCCUGUGCAGCUACCGCUGGCUCACUCGGGAUGGCUUUUUAAGGAGGACAAUGAAGAGCCAGAUGUUAAGCCUUGGUUGACUAUGCCUAAGGAGGAGGACAUGGAGGUGGACGUGCCUGCUGUGAAAGUGAAAGAAGAACCACGAGAUGAGGAGGAAGAGACCAAGAUGAAGGCUCCUCCUAGAGCCGCCAGAAGGACCCCAGGUCUCCCAAAGGAUGUGUCUGUAGCGGAGCUGCUCAGAGAGCUGAGCCUCACCCAGGAGGAAGAGUUGCUGUUCCUCCAGCUGCCUGACACGCUCCCUGGCCAGCCACCCACACAAGACAUCAAGCCUAUCAAGACAGAGGUGCAGAGCGAGGAUGGACAGAUGGUGGUUAUAAAGCAGGAGAAAGAUCGGGAAGCCAGGCUGGCAGAGAACGCGUGCACCCUGGCUGACCUGACCGAGGGUCAGGUUGGCAAGCUGCUCAUCCGCAAAUCGGGAAAGGUGCAGCUCCUCCUGGGCAAGGUGACGUUGGAUGUGACCAUGGGAACCACCUGCUCUUUCCUGCAGGAGCUGGUGUCCGUGGGUCUUGGCGACAGUAGGACAGGUGAGAUGACAGUCCUGGGACACGUGAAGCACAAACUCGUUUGUUCCCCUGACUUUGAAUCCCUCUUGGAUCACAAACAUCGGUAAAAUGAGCAGAGGGAGGAUGGUGGUGACUGUUGCCCCCAGCUGCUGCUUGCUCGGACAUCUGGUCCUCGAGUCUACACAACCCUGAAGGGGCCUGUUUAGCCCACCUGCUCCAGCCCUCAGCAGCCGUUGUUUCAGCUCCCCCCACAGAACACGGGUGCGCUCCCACCGCAGCUGUGAGUGCACAGUGACCUUCCCACAGCAUGGGUGCUGCACCUUCUCGAUGCUGGGGGACUUGCCCCUGUAUUUAUUUUUAUAUUUAUGUCUUGUCAGUUGAUUGCACCCUUCGCAGGUUGGGGGGAGGUGAGGGAGUUUGUGGAAAAUACGCACUCCUCCUGGUUCUCAGGGUAGGAAGUGUAAAACUGCUGCUUUUACUCCCUCCUUCCUCCUCAGAUGUGUCAAGGAGGGAGCCAGGGGAGUUUUGAGUCUCACACUCAUUCUUCAGUCCCAGCUCUCAGUUACAGUUGGUAUGACCUUGGACAAACUACCUAACCUUUCUGAGCCUCAGAGUCCUCAUCUGACAAAAAUGAGGGUAAUACCUACCUCACAGGGUUGGUGUGAGGAUUAAGGGACAUAUUAAAGAUGACAACUCCUUGCACAAGGCCAGACAUAAAACAAUAGGCACUCAAUAAAUGUUAGUUUCCCCUCCCUUUGCCUGAGUCUAUUUUCAAACAAAAUAGGUAUUCUGAGAAUAUGUGGGAAGAAGUGACUAGAGCUUCUUGUCCGCCUGCCAUCUCUCCAGGCCUAAUGCCCUGAAACUACAGGCUUAGGCCCUUGUGUGUCCUAUUUCUCCUGAGCAUUCCUAACCAAGUACUUCGGUUCACACAGUGGGAGGUGCUUAUGGGAGGUUCUGUCAGAAGUGAAGAAGUUAGAGAUGACUCCUGGCUCCCAACAAAUGCUUCUGGGUGAUACAGCAGCCCCAAGACUUACUCCCUCCAUCCUUUCUCCUGCAGUAAUUACUCGGUAUUCUUCUAACUUCCAUUUUAAUAUUUCUCAAACCUCUGGCCACACCUUGAGCAUUUGCAUCACACAUCAAAUUCUGCUGAGAAACAGCCCUCAGUGAGGUAGAAAGUAGGAGUUUAUUGAAUAAUGACUGCCUUCUUUGACACUCGUCAGAUGACCUCCUACUACAAAAGCUUUGGAUUUAAGAGGCCUACCUUGUCUCCUGUGCUAGGUUCUGGGGCUGCCCACUAAGCUGGAACCCUUCCUUGCUGGCCACACUGUCCUUUCCCUUUAUAAGCUUGUAACCUUCCUUUCACCUGAUCUUCAACUCUGGAUCCUUCCAUUGUGUGGUUCCUGGAACACCUUCUCUUCAGUGCUUGACUGUAGGGCUUGUUCGCAGGGCUUAGGGGGUGUCUUAGCAGUUAGGGAAGCUGCCAGCUAUAGUGUCUGUCCUUUGAUGGCCAUGUCACAGCUCCCUCUGCUGGGAUUUCAACCAGCGUAGUGUAGGGAUGAACCCUGCAGGCUCAGGAAAACUGCCCCCAGAGUAGUGGCUCCCAGAGACAGGGUGGUUACACCUUCUCUUAGCCUCAUCUUCCUGUUUGUUGAGUGUGUUUUCUGUUCACUGUGGCUGAAGCUGCCCAGCCAGCAGCUGUGAGGAGAAUUAGGUAUUUAAUCACCACAUUGCCCCCUCUGUAGCUGACAAUUCAUGUGAACUCUGUUGGAUAGUGUUCUCCUUCUGGAGGAUGGAACAAAAAGGGUCCCUCGGACCCUUGUGCUGUGGAGUCCAGUUUAGCCGAAGACAGCUUUGAUGGCCAACCCUUGUGUUUUUUGUCAUGUGGACUUCAGUGCUUGCUUCUCCUUUUAACCGGCAUCCUGCUAGUGGGUCUCCAUGGUAAUCCUAUUUUCCUUUUCUGUCUCAUUCAAAAAUACUCUCCUGCUUUUUUUGGGCUAACUCAAAGGCCCUGCCUCCUUCGAUGUUUGGUAUUUUGCAGUCUUCAGGGCUUACUCAUCUAAGAAGAGGAGAGCAUGAGCCACUUUCAUGCUCACUUACCAUUUCAAGUGUCUUGGGACCCUGCAUCAAAAUCCCCAUGACCUACCUGUCUCUGUGCCUGGGACAAAGGUUUUUAUGCCAUCAGUGAAAGUGUAAGAUAAUGAUAGGGUAAGUCUGCUUUUUUUGCUGAAUUUAUGAGGUAUACAUUUCUACCACCCAACAAAUGCAAUACUGGGAGUGAAAAGCAUAUAUGAAUGCAAAUUGAUGUAAAUUUAUUACUACCUGCAUCUGUGUGUGUGCAUUUUGUUAAGAAUCUGAAAGAACUAUAGGCUUGCUCAUUUUUAGCGCUAUGAUUAAGUGACUGAGUGGGCUUUUAGAGUCAGCAUUAGGUUUGAAUAUAAUCCCUUAGCAACUUUGGGGAAAGUUAGCCUCCUAACUUUCUGUAAAAAUUAGAUAAUUUUAAAAAAAAAAUCCUAGCUUUUUAAUAAGGAUAAGGUUGCUUUUAAACCAGAUUUGGUACCAGGCCUUUCACCAGCACCAAGCAGGAGAAGGUUGUAGAAGGUUGAUCAGAACAAGUUAAAGAUCAUUUGGAUGACAGUGACUUAAGAAAUAAGGAUAUUUAAGUAUCUCUUAUAACAACAACACUGGAGAUAAAUGAUUCCAGGUUUGGUGGCAGUCAAAAUGUCAUCACGAUUUUCUUGGAUCUAUUUACUCUGCCAUCCUCUGUGUUGUGAAGUGACUGCUACAGCUUUUAGCAUCAGCUCUUCGAAUGACAAUGUCCAAAGCCAAAGCAGAGUGCAAAGCAGACAGCAGUAAAGGAACUGUUUGUUCUGCUCUUGUUGGGUGGCGUAGCCUGCAGAGGCCCCCCGAAGCCUGUCCCUGAGGCUUUGGUAUAGCAGGGCCACAUCCCCAUCUUCGGACCAGGUGCUGGCAAAAAGGAAAGGAUGGUUGGACCAACUUGUUCUCUGGCACUCGCAUCCUUUUGCCUGUAAGAGAAGUUUUCAUUAGGAAGACACAGGACUGGCAAACCUCCAUAAUAUUUGCUACCGUGUUCAAAAAAUUCUUUGUAUUGUAGUAAAGUCAUAAAGUAUAUCUAGGUGGAAUUUUUUAAGUGUUCAGUCACCAUUUAUUUCAAAUAAAC